CGCCCCAAUGUCGUCGUCUUUCGUUGAUUAUCUGGCAAACUCAGGGUCAAAGAGAUGACGGAGCUCGAAGUGUUUUGGUAUUGUGAAUAAGCUUCUUCUUCUGUGAUUUACAUGUCAUAUAUGUAGGAAAUAUUUGGUUUCGGAAAGAAGUCAUUUCGUAAUUGACAACUAAAGAAGACUCUCUGUGCUUCCGCUUUUGCCUUCUAAAAUGGAAGAGGAGCACAGAAACAUCCUUCGAAAGCAUCGAGAAGUGCUUGUAAGGGACCUAGAACCUCUGAAGCUGUUAAACAGACUUGACGUUCUUGGUGAUGAUGAUCGGGAGCUGGUGAAAGCAAAGAAAACACGAUCAGAACAGGCUGAAGAAUUACUCGACAUGCUUCCCAGAAAGGGAGAAGAUGCUUUUCAGAACUUUAUCACAGCUCUGUGCAAUGGUAGCCAGAAAUUCCUUGCGAAGCCUCUCAUAAGGGCUUCAGGGAUGGACGAGUCAAGUCUUUUGAAAGAUGAGGUUGGUAUGACAGAAGAACACAAGAGAGUGCUUCGCACAAGUUCAGAUCAAUUUUCUUCCAUGGAUAUAAAAAAGUUGCUACCUUAUCUAACCAAAGUGCUUGAUGAGUAUGACAAACAAGAACUGCAAAGUGAUCAAAAGUCAAACUGCACCAAAAUGGAUCAACUGCUGACUGAAAUACUUCCAAAAAAGGGUCCUGAAGCAUUUAGAAAUUUUGUGAAAGCAGUAGAGAAGGUUGAUUUACCAUUGGCUAAAAAAAUACAGGAAUCUGGAAGAGAAGGAUCUCAUAAUGAUGACAAAUCAUCCACACAUACUGGUUCCAUACAAGAAACCUCUCUUUACUCAUUAAAAUCGGAAGUCCAAGAUAUUUUAGAUGAGCAAGCUGAGGUGUUUGAAAAAUUCUGUAAGGAAAUGGACAAAGAAAUUUUUGGGAAUGGAUGGAAAAGACUUUUCAAAGAACUUGGCUUGCCAGCUGAGGGAGAAUCUUUUGUGGAAAAAGAACCUGGAAGCCAUACACUCAAUGUUAUCAAGGGCUGGAUUUCUCAUGAUGGAAGUAGGGCUACUGUUCAGACUCUCCUUGAUGCUGUAAAUCGUUCUCAGCGCAAAGAUUGUGUACGCUACCUUCUGAAACCUCUUAACCUUGGCCAGGACGAUGUUGAUAGCCCUGUUAAUGAUAUGACAAAGAAAUUUGAGAGUUUAAGUCCGAGAGAAGUUAAAUGUUUUGGAGACUUAACCCUCGAUGAAGCAACUCGUAUCACAAAUAAGCUGGGACAGCUUGCAAUAAACCUGUUGAGGAGGGAACUUGAAAAAGUGCCUGGGCAAAACAAAACGUACCUACCAGAAAUGAUGCUAGAAAGCAAAAAUUACUCCAUUCGUAGAUACACAAACCUGAUUACAGAUGGUGAAAGACCAAGUGUGAUAAAGACAUUUAGGCAGGUCUUGCCUGCUCAUAAGGGAGUCAUUGGUCCACUGCUGUCACCCCAUACGUUUGUAAGAGAGAUACGCUACUCCCAUCGAAGAGACCUGACCAGAAACUUGUGUGCGAACGACAAUUGGAAAGCUUUAGCAGAGAAACUUGGUUUGGACAACACCACCAUCCAAUACCUUGACAACAGAAGAAUAGAAAAUCCAGCUGAUGAAGUCUUAAGAAAUUGGGAGGUCAAGGCUCAUAGCACAGUAGGGAAACUGUAUGAUAUUCUGGUUGAACUAGAUUACCCAAUCAUAGCUGAUUAUUUGUAAAGAGCAACUGUUUUUUAGGGAACUGUUUUUUAGUAACGGAAAUAAUGCGUUUUUCGAUAAAGUGUAAAUCAUAACAACUUAUAAGUGGACGAUCAAAAGUCCACGUGGAACUGUCCGAAGCCCUACAAAACGUGGGCGAGUCAUUCGUGACUCUUUUAACUUUUGCUUAUGAUCGAUUGAGACAGCGGCGCAAGUUUGCUAUACCUAUGACUUUCCCUAAUUGUGGACGUCUCACUGACACGUGGAAGUUAAAUGUUUCGUUCCCUUCUUCCUAUUGUGCUUUUUUUAGCAUUACGUUUAAACAGAGGAGUCAAAGUGUGCGAUAGAUAGCUGGGGAAGACGUAUGAUCGCUAUGUGAGGCUCAAAAACGCCUUUGCCUCAGGUUGCUUUUUUUCUCUUUUUUUUUUUUUUUGGUAAAAUUUAAUUUGCCUGGUUUUAAACAAAGUAUACCUUCGGUCGCGGUUUGAAGUCAUGAAGUUACUUACUAAAGUAACAUCGUAAGGAUAUUAUAAUCUUUAGCAUUGCGUCGAAGACUUUCAAGAAGUUUAGUGACAUAUUUUUUGUGUGUUUGAACAGGCUUAGAGUGGACAAAUUUUCUUGUAACAAAACUGAGUAAAAUAACUUUAAUUCGAUUAAAAGAAGUAGAAAAAAUUAAUUCCUAAGAAAUGCAGAUGUUGCUGUCGUUAGCUGGCAAUAGAUUAAAUGGUUACAAGAUGUAGAAAACUAUUAAAUUAUCCAAAUUUUUACACAGUGGUGUUAAGCAAAGAAACUCACUCCACCAGUUCAGAUAUCAUGCUCUUAGUGGUCGUUGUAAGAUGCUUGAAUCAGCUGGGAGAAUAAUAUGGAGAAAACUCCGUAUCAACUUUAGGUUUAUCCGUUAAAGAACAAAUCGUGGUAUACUGAUCUUUUAUUAAAAAACAGUCGCCAUCGGACACUUUAUCACUUGGAGUCUUCUCUAAGAAUUCCCAUGGAGGAGAGGAAACUUUGUAAUUUCAUUUCAUUUGAACAGUUUUAUACCGUGAAUAUGAAAGCGAUCUUCGCAGUAAUGAACACCACUUGAGGAGUAGUGAAAAUAGGGCCUAAAAAAAAAUUCAGGCCUGUACGGGAUUUCAACCCAUGACCUCUGCAAUACCGGUGCUGUGCAGUUUUAAUGCAAUUGAACGUUAGGUUGUGGUGGUAGAGCGACGCAGCUGACGCCGGUUGAUUCAUACAAAUAUUUGUCACGUAGAUUGUAGGUUUUUCAGAUUAUGUUUUAUGCACAGUCAAUGUUUAUUGAUUUGAUUACAUGAUUUGGUUUCCUUUUUUUUUAAUGAUUGAAUAUAUGAAAACACUAGAAAUACUACAUGUUGUCGUAACCUAGAAAAAUAGAAGUUAAAAAGAACCCUAAUCCUAACCUGUUUGACAAUUUAACAGCCAGGUAGCUUGGAGUUAAUGCAAUCGAUGAAUAAAAUUUAUAAUUCAUCUUUUGGAAGGCUUGUAAACUGAUUGUAUGUAACAACGUUAUCAGCUUGAAGAGGAAGGCAGACGUAAUUAAAUAAAACAAAGUACAGUGUGCUACAUUUGUACCUUAAGAU